AUGGCUGAGCACCAACCCAGAGUUUCGUUUGCACCGAGCAGCGGCAGCAACACAGACGUCUACGGCUUCCCACCCGAAACCUUCAGCACCGAGGGGUUGCCCGACUUCGACACAAAGUUCCUCGACGACGCCGACCUCGCCGCCUUCAUCCAGGCCCUCCAGGCCCCUGACCCGCUGCAGUCCCCGGACGACACGACAUCGCUGCGGUCCCCCGGCCUGAGGAGCCACAGUUCGCUCGACGUCACGAAGCGCGGAUCCGUCUACGAGGAUGAGAGAGAUGAUCCGCAGGCCGUCGCCGCCGCCGCCGCCGCCGCUGCCGGCGACGUCACGGCGCCCGGCCCGGGGCUGAACCACACCUUUAGCAACGGCGGCGCGCACAACGGCUCGACGACCCAGCACAACAUGUUCAUCACGGCGCAGAACGACUGGGCGCCCGUCAACCAGAAGAUACUCAAGAGGGGGUCGCGGAGGCGGAGGAACAGGGCCAAGGGCGCCGCCGAGGCUCUGCUCGGCACGCGGACCAAGGACGAGACGCGCGAGGGCAUCUUCUACGCCCUGCUCAAGUGGCCGAUGCUCUUCUUCGUCGCCGCCUGGCUCGCGGGUCUGGCCAUGACGUACCUCUACACGCGGCUGUACAUCUGGGUCUACGAGCACUUUGUGACCUGGCGCGGCACGCGCGAGAGGCUGCGCCGCAGCAUGCGCCGGACGAACAACUACCGGGAUUGGGUCGUGGCGGCCAAGGAGCUCGACAGCUACCUCGACCGGCAGCGCUGGAAAGAGGAGAACGACUUUGCGUACUACGACUCCAAGACGGUCAAGCGCGUGUGGGAGCAGAUGCGCAAGUGCAGGCAGCGGGCCGAGGCGCAGGAGAAUGGCGAAACGGACGACGAGGGCCAGACCAAGGCCCAGGGCAGGCCUGCCGUCGAGGAGCUUCACGCCUUGCUGUCGGCUUGCGUCAAGAGCAACUUUGUCGGCGUCGAGAAUCCCAGGCUGUACAGCCAGACGUACUAUGGCACCAAGAACCUGGUCCAGAACUUUAUCGACGAAGUCGAGAGGAGCAUCAAGUUCAUCCUCAACACGAAGCAGCUGUCGAUGGAAGAGAAGCGGUCCAUCUUCAAGGGCAUGCACACCAACUACGGACGGACGGCCCUCUGUCUCUCUGGCGGUGCGUCGUUCGCCUACUACCAUUUUGGUGUCAUCAAGGCUCUCCUCGAGGCGGAUCUCCUCCCGGACGUAAUCACCGGUACCAGUGGCGGUGCCUUGGUCGCCGCUCUGGUUGCGACUCGCACAAACGACGAGCUGAAGCAACUGCUCGUUCCGGCUCUCGCACACCGCAUCACGGCGUGUCGGGAGACGUUUUGGACGUGGAUCCCCCGCUGGUGGAAGACGGGCGCGCGGUUCGACUCGGUCGACUGGGCCAAGCAGUGCAGUUGGUGGACGCGGGGUUCGAUGACCUUCCGAGAGGCGUACGAGCGGACAGGUCGCAUCCUGAACGUCUCGUGCGUCCCGGCCGAUCCGCACUCGCCCACCAUCCUGUGCAACUACCUCACCAGCCCCGACUGCGUCAUCUGGUCGGCCGUGCUCGCGUCCGCCGCCGUCCCCGGCAUCCUCAACCCCGUCGUGCUGAUGAUGAAGCAGCGCGACGGGACGCUGGUCCCCUACUCGUUCGGCCACAAGUGGAAGGACGGCAGCCUGCGGACGGACAUUCCGAUCAAGGCGCUCAACCUGCACUUCAAUGUCAACUUUACCAUAGUCAGCCAGGUCAACCCGCACAUCAACCUCUUCUUCUUCUCUUCUCGCGGGUCCGUCGGGCACCCGGUCACGCACCGCAAGGGCAAAGGCUGGCGCGGCGGCUACGUCAUGUCGGCGGUGGAGCACUAUCUCAAGCUCGACAUGACCAAGUGGCUAAAGUUCAUCCGGCACGCCGAGCUGCUUCCGCGGCCCCUGGGCCAGGACUGGUCGCAGCUCUUCUUGCAGACCUUUAGCGGCACCAUCACGGUCUGGCCGAAGACGGUGCCUUCGGACUUUUACCACAUCCUCUCGGACCCGGACCCGCCGCGGCUGGCGCGCAUGAUCCACGAGGGCCAGCAGCGGGGAUACCCGAUCCUGAAGUUUGUGGGCAACCGGCUCAAGAUUGAGCGGCUGAUUGAGCAGGGACGGCGCGAGACGAGGCCGUGGAUCCGCAGGGGCAGCAUCGAGACGAUCCUCAGCGAGGACGACCUCCGGAGCCUGCUCAUCACGGGCAACACGGACAUUGAGGAUGAGACGACGGACGCCGAGGGGGAGACGCUGUUGGAGAACGAGGAUAAUGAGGAGGCCAUCGUUGACGACGAGGAGUAUGACGAAGAUGAGAAGGGGAAGUACGGGAACGGGGAAACGACGGACUAG